AGCUGUCUACCUUACACAGAUUCCCUUCCCAAUCCAGCGUUAUACAAUUUCCAGCUGCACUAUACACACGGCUAUGCUGGGCCGAGAAUCUAGCCCAUUGGUAGCAUAGCAUGUGGGAGGUAGUGUUCACUGACGACCGAGAGAGCUUCGAGUCCACCGGCCGCAAUACACCUUCAAACGUUUGGAAGAGUGCUUAUGCUAAUGUGAGAUUGCUGUGUAGAAGUUGUUCACCAUCAAGAUCCCGCCGUCGAAGACACUGCUGGCGCGCCGCCAGUCGACGAGGUCGCCGCCGCCGCCGCCGCCGAAGAAGGAGAAGAAGAAGGAGAAGGAGAAGAAGGAGAAGGUGCCGUCAGGCAGGCGACGCCUCGGGCUCCUCGCCCGCAGAAACGCGGCCGCCGCGGCAAAAUGCCGCCAAAAAAACGUCGAUCGCGAUUCGUAGUCGUGGAUAGUGAGGAUGACGAGGACGACGAUGAUGACGACGAGGAAGAGGAGAAGAAGGAGGGAGAGGACGAGGAGAUGGAGGAUGAGGACUCUGCUUAAAUAUUUUGGACUGUUAUUUUUGGUCAAAUACAUUCAGUGAUCAAAUUUGGUAUGCCUUUCCCAUGUGUUAAAUGAAAAUCCGGUCGAAAUCUAACUCAAGACACCAAUUCUAUCCUAUCCUGA